AUGGCCCUGGGCCGCCUUCUGGGCUGCGCGGCCAGGCGCUUCUCUGCGGCGCCCGCCAAGGAGUGGCUGACGGAGGAUUUCCUCAAUUCCCUCAGAGCGAUUGUGGGGGCCCCCAAUGUGUCCACAGCCGCCAUUGUCCGUGAGCAACAUGGGCAGGACGAGUCGAUGCACAGGAACUGCCCCCCGGAUGCCGUGGUCUGGCCCCAGAGCGUGGAGCAGGUCAGCUUGCUGGCAGCAACGUGCUACAGCCGAGGGGUCCCCAUCAUCCCCUUCGGGACGGGCACCGGUCUGGAAGGGGGGGUCAGCGCCGUGCAGGGAGGUGUGUGUGUCAACUUGAUGAAAAUGGACCAAAUUUCUGAGCUUCACCCUGAAGAUUUCACGGUUGCUGUAGAGGCAGGAGUGACGCGCAAGGCGCUAAACCAAUUCUUGAGAGGGAGUGGCCUCUGGUUCCCUGUCGACCCCGGGGCCGAUGCCUCGCUCUGUGGCAUGGUGGCCACUGCAGCCUCCGGGACAAAUGCCGUGCGCUACGGCACCAUGCGCCAGAAUGUCCUCAACCUGCAGGUGGUCCUGCCAGAUGGGAGGGUCUUGCAUACAGCCGGGCAGAGCCGGCGGCCCAGGAAGAGCGCGGCUGGAUACCACCUGACAGGGCUCUUUGUGGGCUCGGAGGGGACCCUGGGAUUCAUCACCCAGGCCACCCUGAGACUGCAUGGUAUCCCUGAGGCCACCAUGGCGGCCACCUGUGCCUUUCCCAACAUCCAAGCAGCCGUGGACAGCACCGUGCAGGUUCUCCAAGCCGGGCUCCCCAUUGCCCGCAUUGAGUUCCUGGAUGAGGUGAUGAUGGGGGCCUGUAACCACUACAGUGGGCUGAACUGUGCAGAGCUGCCCACCCUCUUCCUGGAGUUCCACGGCAGCCAGCAGAGCGUGGAGGAGCAAGUACGAGCCACAGAGGCGAUUGUGCAGUUCAAUGGAGGCUCGGACUUUGUGUGGGCCCGGGAACCGGAGGCCCGUGGACAGCUGUGGACAGCUCGGCACAAUGCUUGGUAUGCAGCGCUGGCUCUUCGUCCUGGCAAAAAGGGCUACUCCACAGAUGUGUGCGUCCCCCUCUCACACCUUCCUGAGGUCCUACUAGAAACCAAGAAAGACUUGCUGCACUCCAACCUUACAGGUCCCCUUGUGGGCCACGUUGGGGACGGCAACUUUCACUGCCUGCUGAUUCUCGAUCCUGAAGAUGCCGAAGAAAAGGAGAGGGUGGCCGAGUUUGCCAAACGUCUGGGCAGGAGAGCCCUGGCAGUGGGUGGCACCUGCACGGGGGAGCAUGGCAUCGGCCUGGGCAAACGUCGGCUUUUGCGCCAGGAAGUAGGGGAAGUGGCCCUCUCCACCAUGUGGCAGAUCAAGAUGGCCUUGGACCCCAAAAACCUCAUGAACCCUGGAAAGGUGCUCUGACCUCGGGAAGGCCUGGCUGGGAGAGGCUCCUGAAUAUGCUGAGAAGUCCGGAGUGAGGCCUCUUCGCUUCUAUCUCCUCUUUCCAGCAGGAUCAGAAAUGCAGCUAUUAAACAAUAGGGAAGCAUCCUCAAAUCCCCAACCUGGGGAUUUCAAUUCC